UUCGAAAACGGGCACCCCGACCGCAAACCCACCAUGCCACCGGCCAACAGCGGCGGCGACGACAUCGGGCUGGCGACGAAUUUCUCGGCGUUGGACACCGUCAUAUGCGCCACGUACCUCGUGUCAGUGCUGGUCGUGGGGGGCGUUGCAACGUACGUGUGUCGGAAGAAGAAAUCGUUGGACGACUACUACCUCGGCGGCCGGACGUUGCCUUGGUGGAUGCUUGCGAUUGCGGACGUGUCCAGUUACAUUGACAUUGCAGGCACGAUGAUCAACACAGGGCUCAUCUACGCUCUCGGUGUGCGCGGCAUGUUUAUCGAAGUGCGCGGCGGGCUGUGUCUUUUUCUUGCGUUCCAGCUUGCGUUCACCGGCAAGCUAGCUCGUCGGUGUCCCGUCCGCACCAAAGGCGAAUGGAUCAAGUUUCGAUUUGGAGCCAAACUCGGCGGUCGCGUCGCCCGGACCGCCAUCGCGAUCGUGUCCCUUGUCGGCGGCAUCUUUGGGGUCGCUUACUUCAGCAUCGGCGGCGGCAAGUUCGUGACCGAGUUCAUCGCCGUGCCAGCCUACGGAGGCCUCCCGUCCGACUUUUGGGCGUCGGGGGGGCUCAUGGCCAUCGCGCUCGGCUACACGAUCGUCGCCGGCUUCACGUCCAUGGUGCUCACAGACGUGUACCAGUCCUUGUUCAUCUACGCGUCAUUCACGGUCGUAGCUGUAUGGGGCAUGCAGGUGACCCUGCCCAGCACCUUUCACGUGUUUAUUCCCACCUUUAACGCAUCCUCGUUCCUCAACAUCUCCACGACCCAUGACGCCUGGGCCGCCGCGUCCUUGUCGUCGCCCAACAUCCCCGCCGACAGUCCGUACGCCAUGUACAAUUCCUUCGGCGGCAUUGUGUUGCUCUAUCUGACGCUGCAGUGCCUCCGGUCGGCGUCGGGACCUGGCGGCGGGGGACUGCAAACCGUGCUCGCGACCAAGACCGAGCACGACGUGCGCAAGCAGAGUGUGCUGGCCAUGCUGCUGCUGCUGCUUCGCUGGGCGUUCGGCGCCGCCAUCGCCGCGCUCGCCAUCGACUUUACGCAACACCACCCGAAUGUGACUGUGGACCCAGAACGAGUCGUGCCGUUCGUGCUGUCCAACGUCGUACCUUCGGGCUACCGGGGGUGCAUCGUGGCGUCGCUGCUGGCCGCCGCACUCACCACGUUCGACUCGACGAUCAACAGCGCAUCCUCAUAUUGGACUAUUGACAUUUACCAAGCCAUGAUCUGCCCCAAGGCGACGCCGGCCCAGCUGGUCCUUCAAGCGAGGGUAUCCACGGUCGUGAUUGUAUUGCUCGGGUGGGGCUUGUCCCUCGGUAUAGGAACCAUCAAUCGCAUUUGGGGGUUCAUGACGAUUGCCAUGGGUGGGGGAGUCGUGUACCCAUACUUUUUGUCGUGGUACUGGGCCCGCUUCAACGGCGUCGGGUGCGCCGCGGGGCUGUGCACGGGCGUCGUAUCGGCGUCGGCCAUCUUUUUUGCCUGUCCCCACCUCGGCGAGUCCCAUGUGUUCCUGUGGGCGUCCUCCGCGUCCGGCGUCGUGUCCGUCGCAGUCGCUUGGCUCACACCUCCCACUGCCCCCAAGACCCUCAACACGUUUUACAAGCAUGUGCGGCCGCCGGGCUUAUGGGCCGAGGUGUCGCACACGUGCUUUCAAGCGGCGGAAUUGACUGCGAUCGCGGCCGAGAACGCCAAGGACCUGGGGUGCUCUGGGCUGCUCCUGAUCGUACAAGUUGCCACGUAUGUCCUAGCCGUGAGUGUCGUGCUCAAAGUGUGGCCGCAGUCGGGCGUGCUGGCGGCGGUGCUGGCUGUGCUGCUCCCUGCCAUUUACUACAAGUGGUACCUCCCUCUGGACACGCAUCUAGUCUCGCACGAGCCAUUGCUGCUAGACCAAGACAAGGAUGCAUGGGAGUAGUAGUGGUUCGAUGAGAGAUGUGUGGGUACAGUGCCAAGGUGAAUGAAGAGCAUCCGUGUGUGUACACACUCGGGUUUGGGCAUGACGUAGGUCGAGCUAAGCAGAGAGCUUCAUCGUUCGAG